ACUGAUAUCAGAAGUGGAGGGUCGUGUGUGUAUGUCGUGUGGAACCGGUGCAGAAUACGACUCCUCAAUAACUGACGUUCGUUUGUUCAUAAUUUUGUUACUGCGUUCAACAACAAUUACAGCCAAUCAUAGACGUGCUCUUUAAAUUCGUAAAAAUUUACGCUUAUCGCCACUAUACUACCUUCUUAUUUAUUUUUAUUGCUUUGUGUUAAAAUGUAGUUAUCAAGUUUUACGUCAUUUAUAACCAACCACAGUUUUUAUAACAUACCAUUUUUUGGAAAAUUAGGUUUUAAUAGUAAAAACAAAGAACUUUAAACAUAAAUGCUUAGAUAAUUCACCUAAUAUUUCUAUAUACCUGUUGUGGCGAAGCAAAACGGUAACAAAUUAAAGUUAAAUGCGAUUAAAAAACACAAGAAACGUUUGAAGGACUAGUGAAAGAAGAGAGGAUACUCAAAAUUACGUGCGCUAUCACAAGUCUAUCGUGAGCCCGGAAUUGUAAAUAGUUCAAUGACGACUCAAUUUGACCGUUUGUUGUACAGUAAUCAAUAUUGGUUUUUACUCGAUGAAGUCCAUUCCGCAAUGAGCAGAGUGUAAUCAACAUUGCAGCGUUGGAAAAUUAGUGUUCUAGUCUUCCGUGGGGAUGAAGAGAUAAUCAUAAAGUAGCAGAGUAGAGGAGAUGGGCGUGUACCUGGUGGGUCUGGCUGGGAUCCUCGUGUUCUACUUGCUGGUACUCCUAGUGGGCAUCUGGGCAUCCACCAAGCAGAAGAACCAUGGGGAGGAAGAACUCAUGCUCGCAGGUCGCAGUCUCGGACUGGUGGUGGGAGUGCUUACUCUAAUAGCCACGUGGGUGGGAGGAGGUUACAUCAACGGCACUGCAGAGGUCAUCUUCUCUAGAGGCUUAGCCUGGUGCCAAGUACCCAUUGGGUACAGCCUGAGCCUCAUAUUCGGAGGGCUACUAUUUGUGAAGCCCAUGAGAGAAGCCAACUACGUGACCAUGUUGGACCCCUUCCAGCUCAAGUACGGCAACAGGGUCGGGGGACUUCUGUUCUUGCCUGCUCUCUGCGGAGACCUCUUCUGGUGUGCUGCCGUCCUUAGCUCUCUGGGUACCUCCUUGAUGGUAAUUCUGGAGCUCGACAUGACUAUCAGUAUACUGACUAGUGCCACGUUCGCCGCUGCUUACACAGUGGUGGGUGGGAUGUACAGUGUGUCCUAUACUGAUGUUCUUCAGCUGGGCUGCAUCACCCUGGGUCUGGUUAUCUCUGCUCCUUUCGCUUACUACCACCAGCACGUCAGUCACGAGGCCAUGGUUCACUCCUCGUGGCUUGGACACGUGGAGACCAAGGACAUCGGCGUCUGGGUGGACGGUCUGCUGCUGCUCACAUUUGGUGGUAUACCUUGGCAGGGCUACUUCCAGAGAGUGUUGGCCAUCCGGACCACAAAGAUGGCUCAGCAGACUGCCUUAUGGGCGAUGGUGGGGUGCCUGCUCAUGGGUAUACCGGCUCUGCUGUUUGGGGUCAUCGCUAGAGGCACAGUAUUUUUUCAGAUUGGACUCAUGUGGAUGGUUUUCGACCGAAACAUGACUUUGAAUGACUCCAAUGUUAUCCUGCCAAGAGUUCUAAGGCAUCUAACACCUCAGUGGGUGUCGUUCUUUGGACUUGGAUCAGUAUCGGCUGCCGUUAUGUCUUCAGCUGACUCCAGUAUCCUUGCCUCUGCUGCCAUGUUCACCCGCAACAUCUACAAGUGGACAUUCCGUCCUUCUGCCUCUGAGAAGGAGGUGGUUUGGGUCAUGAGGAUAACCACAAUCAUCAUCUCUUAUCUGUCUGCAGGCAUUGCCAUAUCAGUUGGUAGCAUUUACUAUCUUUCAUACCUAUGUUCAGACCUGGUGUAUGUUAUCCUGUUCCCUCAACUUCUGCUCAUCGUUCACUGGAGUCGAGGAGUCACGACGUACGGCUGUCUUGCAUCUUACAUCGUUGGCCUGAGUCUCAGGGUCCUAGGUGGGGAGAAAGACAUUGGACUAGAACCGGUAAUCAGUUACCCUUAUUUCGACUCAGAAACGAACACACAAGGUUUUCCGUUCAGAACGUUUGCGAUGAUAUGUGCGAUUGUGACCCACGUGACGGUGAGUUGUAUCUCUCGGUGGUUAUUCGAGUCAGGAACUCUCUCUGCGGACCGUUGGGACGUGCUGAUGGCCUUCCCCGAGUGUCAUCUGACGAGAACGGAUCACCGAGAACACCGGUACAAGGAUCCCAACAAGGGUAGGACUAACAAGGCACUUCACGAUGCGGUGGUGGGCAAGAGGCUGAGCCAGGCCAGUGAGGGACUCCUCAGCGGUAACGACGACGACAGUUUACUCAUGAAGAGAGACCGCAGUGAGCUGACUAACCAGGCCUCCGUGUCGUCAGAAACCCCGUCCGUCAGCAAAUUCUAGUGAGAGAUAGACUUGUAACCAAUUGUGCAGCUUAGUUGUAACAUAUCCAGGUUAAUACAGGUGACUUGAUAUUCCCUUGUUCGUUAGACAACAAUUUUGUACAGUAUUAUGAACAGUUUUAUAAAAUAAAAAUGUUAGGGCUGUUUUUA